UUUAUAACUAAAUAUAUGUCAUGUUAAAAUUUUUAAACAUUAAAUUUUCAUUUUUUGGGACGCAGAAAGUCUUUUUUCAAGUUCYUUGUUUGUUUUGUUUCGUUUGUUUUGUUUUUAUUUUCAUUUGCAGAAGGUAUUCUUCGUUCCUAUGGAAGCGCCUGUAAUACACACACAAAAACAUGCGAUAUUCAACUUUUCUCUUAGGACCGGAAAAGUUCAAUACUUUGAGCAACUUUUUCUUUCGUUAGUAGACUCGGGAAAUGUUUUUUUCUUUGUUAGUACAAAAAAAGAUAAUACAAUACAAUACAAUACAAUUUUAUUUGCUCAUACAAGAAAAUUUACAUGAAAUGAUGAAAAUGAUGAAAUGAUAAUGAUUAAAGUCCGCCUGGUCUUUCUAAUUUUCAUUUUACAAAUCAAUUAAUCCAUAAAUUAUAACAUAAAAGAAUUCGGACGCGCUCAUAUUUUAAGUUUUGUCAAUUCUGUACUAAAAAAUAAAGAUAAGAAUGUGAUUGUUUUUUUUUAAAAAAAAACGUGUUGACCAGUACAGAUACAGACAGUGACUUUUAGUUCAGACAACAGCACCAUGCAAACACAAACCAAGGUGAGAACAAUCAUUUAUUAGUAUUAAGCCAGCAAAUUAGCUGACGAAUGUUUUGACAAUGGUUGCCAUGCCCGUGUUGACGAACGUUUUUAACCUCGCAUUCAGCAUCUGAGGUGAUUCUUACARACGCGAUUCAUUAUCCAACAGGCCAAUAUUUGUCUUUGUCUAACUGCUUUUAGUCUAAAAUACCUUGAACAUCGCAUUAUGCUCUUUUUUGUGUGUGCUUUUUAAGUGAGUGGUAAAUGUAAUGCUGUUUCCUGGUUCGUAACCAGCUUUAGUUAUUUGACUACAAAACUGUUAAAGUACUCAUCUGCGUCGGUUCUGUCUUCUUCAUUGCCUUCAAAAUAGUUUUUAGUUCAUAAACACAGAAAAGCUCCAUUUGACAUCCUUUUUUUGUGAGAAAUAUAUAUUUCUUUUUGAUUGGGAAAAAACAUGUGAAGAUGUACCUUUGUAUAGURAUGUUUUUGUUCAAUUGACCAAGUCUCAAGAGAAAGAACUCGGGCUAAUUACUAGCUUACACACGCUUGACGAGAUUUUUACUUCUAAAGGUUGUGAAUAAAAGAGUGCAUGGAUUAAACCUUUGUGUAGAUAAAUCCCUAUCUUGAACAAAGAAAAAGUCGUCCUUAAAAAGGAUGAGCAAAGUUUYUUAUUUAAGGCACUCACUUGUCUCAUUCACACAGUCAACUCUGCAGAGAUUAUUUAGAGUAGUGUUGCCUCGAUGGAGCACAAACAAGUUCAUAUCAAGCGUCCUCUUAACUCCUUCAUGGUAUGGGCCAAAGAAAGACGUAGGUCCAUGAAUAAGUCCAAUCCAAGAAUGCGUAAUGCAGAUAUCAGCAAGAUCCUGGGAGAGGAAUGGCGGAAGAUGUCAUCCAGUGAUAAACAACCGUACGUCCAACAAGCUUUGUACUUGAGACGACAACACAAGAUUGAGUAUCCACACUAUCGAUACAGACCUCGAAGAAAACAUCCUGAUCCAAGAGAAGAAAGACCACUCUUUGAGAGAGCCAUAACCAAURCAAAACUGUUCUCGACAUCUUUUCCAUCCUUGUCUACCAACAAGUCGAUUCUUGGCAUCCGCGCGCCAUACAGCCACAGCUCUAUUUUUCCCUCUCAAAGUUCAACUCCAUCACUGGACAUUACUUCAGGACUUGCUCCUUCACCCAAGUUCAUGUCUCCUUUCUAUCCAUCCCAUUUUCUGUCUCCUACCACAGCAGCCCUGAAGGACUACGCCUUUCCUUCACAUUGCCUGAGUGAUUCUUCUAAAGGAGCCUUCGCAGAUUUGCCUUCAAGUCUAUCGACUUCAUUCACCAACCAGUCCAUAACAGCGCCUACCGGAAUGUUUUCUCCUGUCACUUCCAACCUGCCGUACCUCAUGCUACAGAAUAAAGGCGCUCAAUAUUCAUGCUGAAUGCGCGGGAAGAUUCCUCAUUAGAUUCACCGUCACCGUCCACUUUUAUGUACAAAAACAAAAACUUAGUUGAAACUUAACAUUUCUCGCAAUAGUAAAAGAAAAACACGCAAGUUUUAGAUUUAGUUUUAUUUGUAACAAACACUUCUGUGUAAAAGGGACAGUUUUAAUCUACGAAUUAAAGAGACUGAGAUGAAAUCCUUAUUUCUGGUACCAGCUAUUCAUUUUGAAUAGUGUUAGUAAUGGUUGACUACCUUCGAGAUAACUAAACCAGAUUACGACCAAAGUAAAUUAUC